AGAGACCUUCAUAUUCCUAUCUAGUUUUUCUGCAAUAAUCCAUAAUUUGUUCACUCCUACUUGUUUUAAGAUGACCAGGCGAGUCGAAAGAACUGCGAUCGGCAUUGAUCUUGGAACAACAUAUUCUUGUGUGGCAGCCUGGUUUGAUAAGCACAACCGUGUGGAGAUCAUUCCUAAUCAACAAGGUAACAAAAUCACUCCUUCAUGCGUUGCUUGGGAUGGAAUACAAAUGUUAGUAGGCGAGGCCGCAAAAAAUCAGAUCACCAGGAACCCCAAAAACACUGUUAUUGAUGUUAAACGUUUAAUGGGAGCCAGAUUCAAUGAUGGUGUAGUGCAGAAAGACAUAGAAACUAGACCUUUUAAGAUAAUUGAAGGCUCUGGGGAGAAGCCAAUCAUCGUAUUUGAACACGAGUCGAAUGAAAAGAAGUUUUCACCAGAAGAAUUAUCAUCAAUGAUUCUAACAAGUUUGAAGGAGGCUGCUGAAUCAUUUCUUGGAACAACUGUUACCGAUGCAGUCAUAACCGUUCCUGCGUAUUUUAGUGACAAGCAACGACAGGCAACCAUGGAUGCUGGUGUGUUAGCUGGCCUUAAUGUUAUGCGCUUGAUUAACGAGCCCACAUCAGCAGCUAUCGCAUAUGGUCUAGACAAGAGUGCUGAUGUAAACUGCCCUGAAGAGAAAAACAUAUUGAUAUUUGAUAUGGGUGGAGGAACCUUUGAUGUGUCUCUUCUCAAGAUUGGCAAGGAUGGUACAAUUACUGUUAAAGCAGUGGGUGGCGAUACUCACUUGGGUGGCGAAAAUUUUGACCAGUUGAUAGUGAAUCAUUGUGUUGAAGUUUUUAAAAAGAAAGAAAAAAAGGACGUGAGCGAGAAUGCAAGAGCAAAGACGAGGUUGAAAAUCGCAUGUGAGAAAGCAAAGAGGGAUUUGGCUUCAACAACACAAAUACCAAUCGAAAUCGAUUGCUUAUACGAGGGAAUUGACUUCUCAACUAAAUUUAGCAGGGCAAAAUUCGAGGAGAUUAAUGCUGGUUUCUUUAACAUGUGCAUUAAGCAUGUGGAGAACUGUUUGAGAGACGGAAAUAUGCACAAGAGCGAUGUUGAUGACGUGGUUAUUGUCGGUGGGUCGACACGAAUUCCUAAAGUACAACAAAUGCUGAUUGAAUUUUUUGACGGGAAGCCUCUCUGCAAGAGCAUUAAUGCUGAUGAAGCUGUGGCUUAUGGUGCUGCGGUGUUUGCUGCAAACUUAAGUGGUUAUGGGAACAAGAAAGUGCGGGAUUUGAUGCUAUUAGAUGUGACCCCUCUUUCUCUUGGUAUGAGGGUUCAUAUAGAUGUUAUGAGCGUUGUGAUACCUAGGAACACACCCAUACCCACUGUCAUGGAGCGUGUUUAUGGUACAUUCUCCGAGAACGAAUCAUCUGUGUCGUUUCAUGUCUAUCAAGGUGAGGGUACAAGUACUAAAGAAAAUAUCUUUCUUGACACCUUCACAAUUCAUGACAUUCCAGCAGGCGAACAAAGGUACAGGGUUUGCUUUAACAUAGAUGCUAAUGGUAUUCUCAAUGUUUCGGCUGAGGUGUUUUCCACUGGUAAUAAAAGAAGCGUCACAAUUGCUACGAGUGGAGGUUUGUCCAAGGAUGGUGUUAAGAAGAUUAGGCAUUGAUAAACUGUAACAAGUUAAUUCAGAUUAUGUUUCGUUGGGAAUAUAGCCGUUUAAGUUUCUGUUUAGAAAUUUUCUAAAAAAAAGGUCUCCCGGAGAAAGUCAAG